AUGAUAUUGGCGGUCGUACUGUCUUUGGUGGGCACAGCUGUAACGCAGCAGCCCACCGCAAGCUUUCCUGAGGACUUCAUUUUCGGUGCCGCUACGGCCUCGUAUCAAGUGGAAGGAGCCUGGAACGAGGACGGUAAGGGCGAGAACAUCUGGGAUCGGAUGCUGCACGAACAUCCAGAGUACAGCUCCAACGGCGACAAUGGGGACGUGGCUUGUGAUUCGUACCACAAGUACCAGGAGGACGUGCAGAUGCUGAAGGCGCUCGGGGUGGACGUGUACCGGUUCUCCAUCUCGUGGGCGCGCAUCCUGCCCACCGGGGACCUCGACGUCAUCAACCAGCCGGGCAUCGACUACUACAACAACCUCAUCAACGAGCUGCUCGCGAACGGAAUUCAGCCUAUGGUGACUAUGUACCACUGGGAUUUGCCACAAGCUCUGCAGUACAUCGGCGGCUGGCCCAACCCGAUUCUCGCAGAUUACUUCGUCGAGUACGCCCGGCUACUGUUCGACGAAUUUGGAGACAGGGUGCGCUGGUGGAUCACGUUCAACGAGCCGGCCUCGUUCGUCGGCGGCUACUCGUCGGUGGGGGUGGCAGCGCCCUCGCAGAACGCGUCCGGCAUCGGCGACUACCUGGCCGCCCACACCGUCCUCAGGGCGCACGCGGGCGCCUACAGGCUCUACGACGAGCAGUACAGGGCCGCGCAGAACGGCACUGUUGGGAUCACGCUGAACAGUCAGGGCUACGAGGCAGCCACAAACUCUACAGCGGAUGAGGAGGCGGUUGAGAGGAGUCUCCAGUUUCAGCUCGGCCUGUACGCGCACCCCAUCUUCAGCCGGGACGGCGACUACCCGGCUGUGGUGCGCCAGCGGGUGGACGCCAACAGCCGAGCCGAGGGGAGGCCCCGCUCACGGCUGCCAACGUUCACACAGGACCAAGUCGACUACAUUAAAGGAACGUCUGACUUCUUCGGAAUAAAUCAUUAUGCCACCAAAUUCGUGAUAUCCGGCGAGGAAGGUAUAUCGCCUUCCAUGACUCGGGAUACGGGGACCGUCCUAGUUGAUACGCAGAACUACCCCACGGGAUUCCGCAACCUUCUGAACUGGAUAGCGGCCGAGUACCCUGGCUACCAGGUCAUGGUCACGGAGAACGGCCUCCGGACUGGUGCAGGGCUCAACGACACGGACCGCAUCGAGUACUACGUGUCUUAUCUUGAUGCUGUCCUACAAGCUGUUAACACUGAUGGUGUUCCAGUGAUUGGAUACGUCGCCUGGAGCCUCAUGGACAAUUUGGAAUGGACUGGCGGAUUCUCUGUGAAGUUCGGGCUGUACGAAGUGGACUUCGACGACCCAGACUUGCCAAGGACACCAAAGGCAUCCGCUAGCGCAGAGAGAGAGAGACACGCGAUGUGGGCGGCAGUUGUCUUCUCCGCCGCUGCGCUGGCUCUUGGGUAUGCGCAGACCGCCGUCAACCGCUUCCCCGAUGGCUUCAUGCUGGGGACGGGUUCGAGUGCUUACCAGGUGGAAGGCGCCUGGAAUGAAGACGGAAAAGGCGAGAGCAUCUGGGACCGGAUGACGCACGAAAAUCCGGAGUACGGCAUAGGCGACGGAAAUGGUGACGUGGCGUGCGACUCGUACCACAAAUACAAGGAGGACGUGCAGCUGCUCAAGGCCCUGAACGCGGACGUGUACCGUUUCUCCAUCUCCUGGACACGCAUCCUGCCCACUGGAGACCUCGACGUCAUCAACCAGCCUGGUAUCGAUUACUACAAUAAUCUCAUCAACGAGCUGCUAGCGAACGGAAUCCAGCCCAUGGUGACGAUGUACCACUGGGACCUGCCACAGGCGCUGCAGUAUAUCGGGGGAUGGACCAAUCCACUGCUCGCUGACUACUUCGUGGAGUACGCGAGGGUGCUCUUCGAAAACUUCGGAGACAGAGUGAAGUGGUGGGCUGGAAUAUUUGCACACCCCAUCUUCACCAAAGAAGGCGAUUACCCAGCAGUGGUUCGGCAGAGGGUGGAUGCCAACAGCGCAGCAGAGGGGAGGCCCCGUUCACGGUUGCCAACUUUUACACAGGAAGAAAUUGAUUACAUCAGAGGUUCCGCUGACUUCUUCGGAGUGAACAACUUUCGCACUGGCUACGUGUCUCCAUCUGACAUUGGAAUAUCGCCAUCGAAAGCCAAGGACACAGGCGUUAUUGUCGGCACUGGUGAGGUGAGUUCCAGGCGUUACCUGUAA